AUGAGUGAUCACGAGAAAAUAUUGGAACACUUAGAACAAGUUGAAUAUAAAGCUGGUGAGAUUCUCACUGAUCUCGACGAGAUAGUCGCUCUAGAUAAACGAAGGAACGAUGAUCGCGUUGGAAUGAGAUCCCUAGAAAAAGAGCCGUGUAAAAAAACGUGGAUAACGGUGGGUCCAUUGCUGCUAAAGAUGCAAUCUAAGACAGCUAUAGAACUGCUCGAGAAAGAUCGGAGAGAAUGUAAUAACACAAUUAAUAAGAUGAGAAGCGACUUAAAGAUAAAAGUAAACGAAUUACGCGAUUUAGAGUUAGCUCCACCAGCACCUGGAAUGAUGUUGAAUCCUAUGUCCCACAAAGAAAUGGAAGCAAUGAAUCAAGUAUUAGGUCGAAGUGUUUAA